GCAGCAGCUACAACAACAGGAACCCACAAAGGGGAACCCCAAAACAACUUAAUGUCUAAAUGAAAUAAGUGAAAUUUUCACACAGAAAUUAAUAAAGACAUUAGUGCGUGUGGGCGUGAGGCUCAUUGGGGAAUAAAAACGAACAACGGAAAAAAAGCAGACUACGUCUACGAACUACAGCUAAAAUGUGCGGACUGGAGCCGUAUAGCCAGCACCAGCUGGCGCCCCACCAUCAGAGGAGAUCCUCACAGGACCAGCACCACCAAUGCCAUCAGCAGCUGGAGCAACAGGCACCGGGCAAGGGCAAGGGAUGCCCCCACAGACAGACAGGCUCGGGGUCGUCGAGGACAGCCACACAUUUGCAGAUUUGGUACAUUCUACAUGUGAUAUUAGUCCUAAUCGACAUUAGCAGCUCCCUGACAAUGACCGAGGUGAAGAUACCCAAUCACAUAAUGCGGCUGAAGAGCGCCACUCUGGGCUGUCGUUAUGCGCUGGACGGCGAGUCCCUGUACUCGGUGAAAUGGUACAAGGAUGGACACGAGAUCUACCGCUAUGUGCCGCGCGAUAAGCCCCCCGGACAGGCGUUCCCCCUGCCCGGAGUCAACAUCGAUCUGCGUAACUCCUCGGACACACAGAUAAUCCUGCGGCGCGUAACACUCCAAAGCUCUGGGCUCUACCGCUGCGAGGUGUCCGGCGAGGCGCCCGCAUUCAACACCGUCUCCGAGUCCGAGACCAUGACCGUUGUGGUGACACCCAACCAUGGCCCGAAGAUAACCGGCGGUCAGCCGCGAUACCAGAUUGGGGACACUGUCCGCGUCAACUGCACCUCGUCGCCGUCCAAGCCGGUGUGCCACCUGAGCUGGCUGAUCAAUGGGGAGCCGGUGCAGAAGGCACAUUUGAGGCAGUAUGACAAGAUUGUGGUCAAUCGGGACGGACUGGAGAUGGCGCGCCUCGGCUUGGAGUUUCGAGUGCGACCUUUUCACUUUAAGCACGGAGAUAUGAAGCUGAAGUGCGUGGCCAAGAUCAGCUCGUUGUACUUGCAGAGCAAUGAGGAGAGUGUGGAAAGCGAUCGACAGCAGCGAGCACCGGCCCUGGAGUCCCGCGAAACGGUGGCAGCCAAGUCCAGCACUAUUGGUGCCGCUGGGUCACGGCUACCCUCCCAUCUCGUGUCGUUGCUGCCUCCAAUGCUGCUGCUGCUGCUGCUCCGGACCUGGCCCUGGUCGAGGGCGAGUUAACUAUCUUCGGCCUAAGCUGAGACUCUGAACAGAAAUCCGGGGAGGGAAGAUUAACUAGCACAGCAGCUGAGUCCUAGUCAAUGUGGAGAAGCAAAACAUAUCCAAUGCCAAAAUCUCAAAGAAAACGACAAAUGAAAAGAUAAAUUCAAUCCUAACCGGCGGUUAAAUUCGAAACUCAAUUGAUGUGUGUGUGUGCAAGAGGGAGAUAUUCAAUAUUGAAUGAAAUAUCGAAACGGAAACGGAAAUGGAAAACUACUCAACUCGAGCAUUUAAGCAGCGGCUAAGAAACUGUACAUAAUUAUGCAUAACUUUAGGCAAUUAUUAUUGUAAGGUAAAAAUCGUUGUUUAGGCAAAAAACUUGAGACAACAUUCGUUAAUCUUUUGUGAUAUUUUCUUGAUUUUGAAAAGGAGGGAAAUAAAAUAUUAUACGAGUAGAGAAAACCUUUUAAUUCGAUUACUUCUCCAUUCCAUUCCUCUCCUUCCUUUGUAUUUUAUCAACCUGUUUCGGGCAUAUCAAAAGCGACUAACAUUUCAAUUGUAAAAAAUAUCCAUCGAUUGCACAAUGAUACGCAUAUGAAAUCACAUCUAAAACUUACCCAAAAGAAACUUUGCAUUUACUUAUAAGAGCGACUAACUUAAGACCCUAACGAAAAUGUAAGAAAGUUGUAAAGCAAACAAAUC